UCAGUUGCCUUUUAAUGGUAGUGUUCACUUUAUCUUAAGUAGCAACACGUUCCCUUGAAAGAAUGCUCACGCAACGUUAAGAAGCUUAACGUUGCAAUGCCAUUAUACGUGGCAACGUUAGGUCUUUCGUCAUUUCGUUAAUGUUAGCUAACUGUUACCUAAAUAAUUGUCAUCUCCGCUAUCUGGUAACUUAUUUAACAUUCGCUAAUUAGCUUAAAGUUAGCUGAGUUAAGUUUGCUCCAGCUAACAACGUUAGCUAAUGGGUUCUGUCAUAGUAAUUAAGAUAUUCCAGUAACUGUGCUGAAUUAAGUCUCGCAAACUACAAGUGUUUUCCAAACUGGUAGCGACACGAGGUACGCGGUGCAGCUCUGCCAUAAAUUCAGUUCAAAUGUGGCGGUUUGCAUCGUUUAUGAAGUGACGACGUGGGUGGCGUAGCACAGAGCCAUUUAGUAACUUAUACCACUGAAAUUUUAAGGGAUGGGAGAGACGGCUGUGGUGAUCCUCCCGCAGCUGCUGAGUAGCAGGUAGUGACGGUGCAAAAGCAAUGCGGUGGCGUCGCUCUCUGCUGUGCUGCUAUAUACAAUGAAGAAGAUAUUCAACUUCACCAAGAAAAAGAAAAACCCCUCCGGCACCCCCGACAGCCGGAGUGUGUUAUCUGCCGGCUAUGAUCUGAAAGAGAAGGACCUCGGUAAGGUUCACAAGGCUGCCGCAGCGGGUGAUGUGGCGAAGCUGAAGCAGCUUGCUAAGAAGAAUGAUAUCAAUCAGCUAGACAAGGAGAACAGAACGCCACUGCAUAUAGCGUGUGCCAGUGGACAUGCUGAAGUGGUUCAGUUCCUCGUUGAGAGUAAAGCCAAGCUUAACCUGUGCGACAAUCAAAACAGAUCUGCCUUGAUGAAGGCAGUGCAGGGUCAGCAUGAGCCUUGUGUGAGCUUACUACUGGAGAACCAUGCAGAACCCAACCUGGUGGACAUCAAUGAGAACACCGCCCUACAUUUGGCUGCAAACAUCCCAGCCAUUUCCACUGCCAUGCUGCUCCUGGAACAUGAGGCUAACAUCAAUGCCAAGAACAAGGAGGGUUUCACACCCUUGACUGUAGCAGUGCGUGAGAACCAUGUGGAGAUGGCUGAGUUUCUCCUCAGUGAGGGCGCCGAUGUGAACUCUACAGACCAAGGGCAAAGGUCCCCACUGAUGAUAGCUGCGGACAAUGGACAUAUCAAUAUUUUGCAGCUGCUCUUGCAGUUUGAUGCAGACACUACCCUAAAGGAUACCAAAGGAUGGUCAUGUGAGGACUAUGCAAUGAUGAAAGGGCAACACGCUUGUUCCCACCUCAUCAUUGAACAUUGUACCAAGAAGAACGCCAUGCCCUCUCUCACACAUCAAGCCCUGAAUAAACAGAAGAAAAAAACACUAUUCGGCAGUCCUUCACAAGAUGUUGAAGCUGGCUUCUCUCUGGCGGGACCAGCCACUGACAAAGAUGAGCAUGGAGCAAAUGAAGCAGGGAGAGACACCGUGGACAGCUCUCAGUCAGAUUCAUUAAGUCGGGCUUCAAAAAGUGCUGCUGAUGAUUGGCCAUCGUCAGAAGAUGAUGAUGAAUCAGAUUUAAUCCCAAAGAAACCACAGAGGGUAAACCUAAGGAAACGGAUUGCCUUUAAUAAGGGUGAAGAUACUGAUAAAAUAGACAGUGGAGCUAAGCUGGGGAAGAAUAAACCCGCAAAACAUCAUUCAAGUAGCAAAGCAGGAUCAGACUCUCCAGAGGGAAGUCCAGAGGCGGAAGAGGAGGAGGAAGAGGAGGAAGAAGAAGAAGAAGAAGAUGAUGAUGAUGAUGAUGAUGAUGAUGACAAUGAAGAGGAGGAGGAUGAAGAGGAGGAGGAGGAUGAUGAUGAUGAAGAUGAUGAAGAUGAAGAUGAGGAAAGUGAAGAGGAAGAUGAGGCAGAAGAUGAAGAGGAUGAAGCAGAGCAAGAAUAUAAAGAGACAGGCGAGGACAAUGCUGUGGCCUCAGUCCUGGCCGACACUACUCGAAUUGAAACUAUUCAAAACCCCUCUGGUACUGGUGGCCAGAAUAUUAUUGACAGUGGUGAUGCUAAAAAUGUACCUUGCUCUGACAUGUCUUAUUCCAAAGUAACUGGCCCUAAUUUUGUAGGUAUAGCCAAGAAUGUGAAGGCUCCAGAGAAUGCUACCAACACAGAGACUCAAGAUAAUGCUGGCAUCAGUACAGCUGAAAUAUCAAACCGUAUGCCAGUGACACUGGAUGUAGAGGAUGACUGUCUUGUGUCAGCCAUUAGGGUAGAAUCAAAAUUAUCUGAUGAAGAGGACAGCCUUGGGAAAGAAGGUCAAAACACAUUUUCAGGUUUAGGUUCUGCUGCAGGCCCCAAAACUUCCAAACACAGCAUAAAAGCUCAUUCACUUAGCAAGGAUAUUGAUAAUGAGAAUGUAAAGGAUGAUGAUGCUGAUAAUGACCCAGAUAUAGACUCCUGGAGUGCUAAACUAGACAGUGUUCAUACAGUGUGGAAUGACAGUGAUGAUCAUGAUAGUGAUGAAGGUGCACAAAAUAGGGGAUUUGGUUGCAGCACAGUCCUUGCCAAUCAAAGUAAUAUAGAACCUGAUGAUGCUGGAGAGGGAAAUUCUGGAACUAAUUUGAAAACUAAAUAUGGUGAUGAUAACAAUAGCGCAUCCUAUGAAGAGACUUCCAAAGUAGCAAAGCGCAGGUCUUCAUGGGGCUCCUCACUGGGAGAGGAUAACAGUGACGACCAUGCUUCACUCAAAGAAGAGGAUAAAGUAAACAACACAGACAUUCCCAAUCAGAAGGUUGCUCAAGCUCAAGCAAUGCCAGGAGCAACAGCUCUUCACUCAACAAGUACAUUACCAAAACCAAAUGAAGACAACCUGGAGUCAUCAUGGGAUUCUUCAUCACCGGUGAUAUCUCACUCAAAAAGCGCCUCAGCUAAAACAAAGGUAAAAUAUCAAAAAUCAUCUUUGGAAUUCUCUUCACCAAGCGCUGUUCACUCAAAAAACUCAAAGGUAGAUCAGUCAAAGUCAGCGUGGAAUUCUUCCUCACAAAAUUAUUACCAAAAAUUUGAUACUUCUUCCAUCAGAAGUGAAAUGCGAGAGGUUAUUGAUUUGGAAGUAGUACCAUCACUAUUUACUAGUAUGAAUAUUGUGUCAUCAAAGAAAAAGGCUGCAGAGCAGCAAUUUUCCAAUGACUCUUCAGAAGAUGAUGAAAAUGGCAAGGAAGAGUCAAACAAUGACCCCUCCCCUGCAGUGUCACCAGAACCUGACGGAGAUCAAUCUUCAGAAAUGGAAGCAAAAUUAGAUCAGAAAGAUAAUGACAAUGGGAGCUGGGAUGAUGAUGACAGUGAAGAUGAGUCAGAAAAGCCUCUGUCUCCCAUUCAAAACAAGGCAGAAAGUUCAUCACAAACAUAUAGACCCACUGUAGUUUCCCAUGUACAAGAUGGGACACAAGAUGUUGAACAUGGUGGAGUCAAGAACAGCAGGCAUUCUACAUCAAGAAAUUUGCUGUCACCAGUGUUAAGGCCCACAAGUGCAGUGGAAAGGAAGUUAAAUGAAAAAACUGAAGUAGGUCUCUCUUAUCCUCAAAAGAUUGAUGAGGAUGGAGCUGAGGACAGUUGGAGGGUUCCUGUAUCAAUAAUUGAUGGGUGUGAGUCUGAUGAGUCUGCAGAGGAUAACAGCCCGGAAGAAGAAAAGCUGGUUGAUGAUAAGAAAAAGAAUCCAAACAGAGAUGAGGAGAAUAGUGAGGAUUCCGACAGCCAGGACCAGAAGUUGCAGUAUGAUUUUGCCAGUGCUGUGAUCAAAGUGCCUGAUGUUGGAGAGGAUUCUGAUAACACUCUUGAUGGAAGCGAGUGUGAAGAUCCCAAAUCAGAUGAUGAACAUGAGCCUAGAUUGACUGCCUAUGCUCCAGUAUGCAAUAAAGAUGUCACUGUCUCUACCCAGACAACAGUGUCAUUAGACAACCUUCAUGAAGAGCAAGUAAAGGAAGUAAAAUUAUCCUGUCCAGCCACUAAAGAUGAUGUUGCUGCUGGUCAGCGAUAUGAGUCCACCUAUGAUCAGGCCUCUGAUGAGGAGUUACCUCAAACUGACAUUGAUGACGUUGAUAUAGAUUCACCUGUUGAGCUAGAGAGCACGGCCAAGGAAAGUCGACAGUUCAGAAACCAUGAAGAGAAACAUUCCACCAAAAUGGAGGAGGUUGCCAAAGAGGAGACACAUGAGGAGGAAGAAGAGGAAGAAGAAGACCUCACAGAUGAAAAUGAUCAGGCCAAAGUGGAUGGAGACUCCCUUAUUGCCACCAUUCCUGUUUCAGAGAGAGAAGUCUCCAAAGAUAAGGAAAGGGAUUUCCUUUCUGAGUUGGGUCUGGAGAAGGGAGAGGAAGAGCAGGAUUCAUGGGACUCUGAGUCUCAUUCUGAAAACCCCAAGAAGCCACAUGAAGGAGAUCAAAGCUCUCAUGUUCAAGUUCAAGAAGUGUCCAUUGUUGAAGAGGACAAUGAAGAAGCCGUAAAGAACAAUAAUGAGGUUGAUAGGGGCCUCAGUGACACCAGUGGCAAAGAUGUUCAUGAUGGUUCACAAAAAGAGACUGAGAAGACAAAACGGGAGCCACUCUCUGUUUUGAGCAAACUAAAAGGAGAUACAGAUAGAAAGACAGACUUAAUGGAAGAGCUUGGUCUAGGUGAUGAUGAUCUUGAAGCUCAUAAAGCAGAUACCUCAGACUGGGAUUCAGCCAGUACCACCAGUAGGAGAACCCUCCCUGGCUGCAGAAUGGCCUCCUCUGGACUUGAGGAGCUGGUAGAAUCAGCUACUCCAUGUGUUCAGGAGCAGGAACAGGAAAUGCCUGCAGCAGCACCCCUAACACCCAAGAAGAGCAUCAGUCCAGACAAAGGAAUGACAGCACUACCCAGUCCUGCUACUCUAACAUCUUGUUCUCCUCCUCAACUCCUGCCCCAUCCACAACCCCGCACAAGGAAGAUGGUACCUCAGAAACCACAGAGUGAAGAAGAAUCAGAUUGGGAUUCAGACAAUUUGACCCCCUCUUCUAGUCCAGUUAAAACUGACCAUCAGCUGCCAGAUACAGCUGAGAAUCAGGCAGUUGUGAGAGCAGGUUCUUCUGUGCAUGAGCCUUCACCAGUGGUACAAGAAAAUGAGAGUAACAUAGAGCCUGAACAAGAACAACAAAAGGUUGGCAAAGAGAGGAUGAAGACUGUACUGGAGGUGCAAACGUGCAGUGCUUCCUUGGAUGAUGGUGAAACAGAAGCAGAAGGAGUGGAAGCUGAGAAACCUGAGACCAGUUUAGGAUGUCCAAAAGAGCUGUCGAGUGGAAAGGGAGCAACUCAAAGGGAACAGCAGCUUGCUGCCAUUGACCUCAUUACCCAAAAACUGGGGUCUAGAAGUCCAAAAAGCACCAACAGGGCCCCGGUGCAGUUACACCUUCCACUCCAGCAGAACUACAAUAACAACAAGCAGGAGGGGCAAGCUGUAUCUGUAGAGGGGACCUCACAGCUGGAGCUGGUCAGAGGGGCCCAGUGCAAUAGAGCCCCUCAGACCAACACCCAUGUUAACGGAGACCCUCUCUCUGUGUUUGACGAUAGCACUUUAAGUGAGAUGUCGGACGAUGAAGGAAGGCUGCCAUCUGGAGCUCAGGAGAGAGACGAGAUUCAAAACCCUGGGCAAAUGGAGAUGGCGGAGGACUUUGAUGAGCUCACCCAGUCCUCGGACACAGCUACAGAUGACAUAGAUUCUCCCACUUCAGGCUACCGGCAUGCCUCUGUGCUCAUCCAGAAGCUGGACUCUGCCACUUUAGACUCCAGAAGCAUGUUGAAGCUACAGAACAUUUUUCAUGAGUAUGAGCGCUCCAUCCAAAAGGCAAGGAGCCGUCAUGGGCACCUGGCAGACAAGGUGAGCCAGCUGGAAUUGGAGAAGACUGAGCUGAAGCGCUUUCUGGAGGAAAUUAAAGAUGUCAAGUCUGCUCUGGAGCGGAACCAACUGGAGUUGCAGACUGAAGUCACUAACCUCAAAUUUCAGCUGAAACAGGAACAGGAGAAUCGCCGCAAUGCCACCAUGAUGUACAACACCACCAGGGAAAAGCUAAAAAGAACAGAGGAGCAGCAGCAGCUGGAGGUCAAGGAAAGACAGAGGGUGGAGCUCACCCUCAGGAAUCUGGAGCUGGAGAUGAGAACACUGGUCAACAACAUGAAACAGCUAGAGGAUGACCACAGUGAGACCCAGAGACUGCUGGCUCAGGAGCGUAGUGCACGGACCCUGCAGGAGAACCUGCUCAACAGCCACCUCCGCAAACAGCAGGAGAUGGAGGAGGAGAACAGGAGAAACAUCAGCAAGAGCAAUGAGGCCUUGUCUCAACUCACUGAGGCCAGUGACAGAGAAAAGGAGCUGCUCCAACAAACUGCUAGCUUGCAGGAGGAGCUAGGCAUCCUCAGGACAGAGCUUGAGCGUUUCCGUGCUAGUAGUAGCCUCAAGGAGAGCCACCUUGCGGAGGAAAACGAGACCCUCAAGGAGCAGCUAGAAGAUGCUCGUCGAGACCUCAAACUCAACAGUGAGGCCCUGGCCCAAACUGUCUUCCAGUACAACAGUCAGCUAAGCACCCUGAAGUCUGAGUUGGCCCUAGCCACGACCAGUCUGGAGAACGAGCGUCAGACUCGUGAGACACUGGAAGCAGAGGCUGAGUCAACUCGAAACCGUCUGGCUGGGGCCGUGCAGGAAGCUGAGCGCUGCCAGGCAGCCCAUGCAGACACAGAAAAAGCCCUGCUCAGGGAGAAGGAGGAAAACCAGCGUCUUAAAGACAAACACUCAGGUGAAACCUCCAGUCAGCGCGAGGCCGUCAACGGCUUGUCCCAGAAGCUUGCAAAGGCAGAGGCGCGUGCAAACAGCAUGGAAAAUGAGGUUCAUCGGGCCACACUGCAGCUGACAGAGAAGGGCCUUCUGCUGGACGUUCUGCAGCGGGAGAAAGACCAGGCAACUGCACGUGUCAAAGAGCUGGAAACAUCCCUGCAGGCCGAGAAGGAGCUGGUUGGCCGGGCCGGAGCACGCCAUGAGGCCACACAGGAGCGGCUAGCCCAAGCCCAGAGUGAGGGCAUGCUUUUGCGUCAGCAGCUAGAAGAGGCCCAAAACAAAGGCGUGGCAAAGGAGCGCGCUGUGACAGAUGCCCAAGAGCGCUUCAGCGACAUUCUGUCCAAGCUUCGCUCUGACUGCGAGGCAAGGGUGCAGCUAGUAGAAGAAAGGAACAAGGACCUGGCCAGCAAGGCAGCUGACCUCCGAGACCAAGUGUACAAGUUGGAAGAGGAGAAGAACGAAAGAGAGACUGGUUUGAGGCAGUUGCAGCAGGAACUUGCAGACUCAUUGAAGAGGCUCUCAAUGAGCGAAGCAUCCCUAGAGGUCAACACACGAUACCGCAAUGACCUGGAGGAAGAGAAGACCCGACUCCUUAAGGACAUGGAGAGACUCAAAGGGAAGCUGGAGGAAAGUGAGGAGCUAUACGUUCAGGCUGAGAGGCGUAUUAAUAGUCUGAAGAGCAGUCUGGAUGAGAGAGAAAGGGAGCUCACCUCUGCUGCUCAGAAACUCCAGGAGGCACUGUCAGCCUCAACAGGCUCAGACACAACAAUCAAACAGCUGGAGGAGGCUGUGCAGAGGCUGGAGAUCGAGAAUGCCAGGCUGGAGGCUACUGCAAAGCAACAGUCCAACAAAAUUGACGCACUACAGAAAGGGGCUCAGGAGGCUGCCAUGCCAUCAGACUCUUCACCUGGAGGAGGGGUCAGAGGUCGUUUGGAGGAUUUGGUUACAAAUCUGCAAAGUAGCAAGAUGACUUUAGAAGACCAACUGAAUCGAGAGGUACAGAAGCAAAGUAUGCUAUCCCAUACAGCACAAGACUCUCAAGCCCUGUGGGAAGAGGAGCUGAAGAGCCGCUCCAAGCUAGGUCUGCGCCUGGCGGAGCUGGAAAAGGAGAAGGGAGAGCUCAACACCCAGAUGGAAAUAGAAAAGAAGAAGGCCAAGAAGGUUAUGGAGCAGAAGAAGGCCGUGGAUGCACGGCUGGACCAGGAGAUGAAGAGAAACACUGAGCUUCAAAAAGAAAUGUACAGGGUGCGGAGUCUAUUGAAGACUGCAAAGAAGAAGCUGCGGGAGCAGGACAGUGGUGGAGCUGAGUUUGGCUCUCCAAUGAGCAGUAUGAGGAUGGAGACUGAGGGCACUAUUGGACGGAUGAAAGACAAGGUAGGUGAUCUACAGGUGCAGCUGGAGAAGGAGGCAUCUCGCUGCAGCCAGCUAGAGAAGGUAAAUGUGGAGUUGAAAGAGCAGCUGACAUCACUGAAGAGCCUGAGUCACUCUAAUGAGCGACUGGAGAGAAGUAAGAGGCAAUUGGAGGAGGAGGUAUCGAGCCUGAGGCGCCAGAUGGAGUCCAGCCUGAUGGACCAGAGCCAGACGGAGCAGCACCGCCUCAAAGCUGAGGAGAAGGCCCGCCAGGAGGUGCGACAGAAGCUGGAGGAGGUCAACUUGUUCCUGCAGUCUCAGGCAGCGGCCCAGGAGGCCUUGGAUCAGAUAAAAUCAGCCAAUGAGGCCAACUUGCGCUCCCAGCUGGAGCAGAGAAUCCGGGAGCUGGAGGGAGAACUGGGCCGGGCCCGCACCACCCAGCAGGACAGCCUCAACCAGAGAGACUCCACACGCACCGAGCUGGACCGAUACCGGGAACUUUACACAGAGGAGCUGCGUCUCCGCAAAUCCCUGGCUGCCAAACUAGAGAGAGCAAACAAUCGGCUCGAAGAUGCCAAUGCCAAACUGUUGAAUGAGCGCCAUCGCAGCAAGUCUCUCAUCACCAGUAGCAUUGUGAAUGGUAGCCUCGGAGGGCCCUCGCUGGACCUGGGCUCCCCAGCUGCAACCUAUGGGGCCACACUGGGGCCUCUCAGCAGGAGCGUUGGCCUGGGACUCCCCCUCCUCAGCCCCAUGACUGAAGGACAGAGCAGCAGGGUGGAGGACUACCUCGCCAGGAUGCAGAGUGAGUUGGAUAAGAACAUAUCAAAGGAACUGGACCAGGCCACAGCAGAGCUGGACAACGGCUCGGCUCGUCUUUCCCCAGUGGGCUCGGCUUCGGGAGUGGAGCUGGACCCGGUCAGCAGAGCCACGCAGCAGUACCUGGAGGUCCUGAAGAAGAACUACAUGAUCUGACCUAAGGCUGAGCAUUAAAACAAUAAUAAUAACUAUCAUAAAAUAAUUUUUCCUCAGUACAAACAUUAAAAUGUUCAAUGAAAUAUCAAUCAAUUUAGAGUGGCAAGAAUAGAGAGGUCUGGUUGUACGCCCAGGAGUGAAUGAGGAGACACACACCGCACGCAAGAACUGCACACUGAAUUGGUUUGGUGGCUAAAACAGAUUAGCAUAAUGUUAAUCAUAAGUUUUCCGGCAAUCUUUGAAUGUGGCGUAAUAAUUAUUUGAUCAAACUUUGUAUUUCUCAGUGUGUGUCCUGACUAAAACAACACUAACGCCAAAACCACUCCCAGUCAUCUACCACAGCUACUUCACAUUCUGAUUUACUCACUCUCCAGCUUUUAAGAAAGGAAAAAUAUAUAUAUAAUGCACAUUGCACUUAUCCACUCAGGAGCAAAUGGAAUAAUAUUUUUUUUUGUCUUUGAAAGUGUAUUUUAAGCCAUAUUUUUAACACCGGCAUUAUUGAUUGGUACUGUUGGAGAGCAACUCGAGUAUUUGUUCAGCCUAAAUGAUCUGUUUAAUCUGUAGACUUUAUGUAUCUUUUAGCUCCAUAUGUAUAUAUAUAUAUAUAUAUAUAAUUGUGGUUUGGAGUUUUAUUUGUGAAUAUUGGUAUUGCAAAAAGUUGAAUUUACUAGUAUUGGAGUCAUGUAUACGUCAUGCAUAAAACUGCCAAGAUGUAACAUUUGGUACGUGCCAUCUAAUGGUGCAAUAUCUGUCUUGGUCUUAUUUUAUUAGACUCGUUGCAGUCUCAUGUUUUGUUUCUGUUUUUGUUUUUUUACAAACAUGAUAUACUUGAAUAAGACGAACUAGAAUACUCUCUGGUUAUUCAAACAGGGUAUAUUCUUUUAUAAGUUAAAAUAUCCACUUCGGUUUUGGUUGGUUUGCUUUUAAAGUUACAAGAAGUGGGACAUUUCAGUAUUUUUUUUUGUUUGUCUUUUUCAGGUCCUAAAAAUAUUAUAAUGAAAAACAUUAAUGGAACAUUUUCAACUCCUGUAUGUUACAGAAGACUAACGCUAUAAAUAAAAUCUCAGAAAACCCUGAA